CGUCCCGUCCAGUCAGACGUGUCAGAAAGAUCAGCAGCCGCGGAAGUAUCGGCUUUCAGUUCAACAUGGCUUCAAGUGUGACGAGCUGAGGAAAAAAAACAUCACAAAACCUGGGCUAUUCUCUUUUUCACCACUCCCAAGGCGUCAAACGAAGGAAAAGACCUGGGAAAUAUAUUCAAGAGCUGCUUUUAAUCAAGUCAUGGUGUGAAGACAUUGACCGGAUCACUCGGGUUUAUACAGUGUGGCCUUCGGCCGUCAUGUACGAGACUGCAGUCUGAUGCCAUCGCUCUCAAUUCCGCCUGCUAUGGACGGGCACAGCUUCUCACAUUCGGAUGGACCUCAGCUGGAUGCCAGGGGGUUCGUCCUGCCAGCCCCUAUGAGCCACAUGUUUGCUAACCACCCUUGGAGCUUCUCCCCUCAGACCUACAGCUUGCCCUGUCCUGUGCAAUCUGAAAACCAGCAGCACCUUUUCAACGGCCCAUUAGACAUGCACACGGAUUUGUUUCCCAACGGCAUCAGCGACUUCGACUUCGACUUCCCCACCCUGGAUCUCUCUCGGAACGGAGACCUCUCUCAGGACCUCUCUUGUCUAGAUGAUCUACCAAUCUUCUCCCCUACGACCGACUCGUUAUCCGUAUACACCAAUACUGAUAUCCUCAGGACUGAUGUGACACCCAAUGUACCCACAAUAUGGGACAUCAAAACACCAGCAUCAGUCCAAGAGGUGAAUUCUAACAGGUUUCAAGGUUUAAACUCUUUGGAUGACAUCACUGCUAUCAUUAAUACACCACCCAUAGGAGGUUAUCAGAGACCCCAAACACAGCCAGAAGAGGAAGAGGAAGUCGAGGUGGAGGAGGCUGAAGAGCUGGGUCAUGUUGACACCUAUGCAGACUACAGGCCCUCAAAAUCCAAGAUAGGAAAAUCCCACCCAGACCGAGUGGUCGAAACCAACACUUUAUCUAGCGUACCUCCUCCAGAUAUCACCUACACCCUGUCCAUCCCAGAGACCACCAUAAAUGACGGUCUGCUCUCUGCUUUGCAGCUGGAGGCCAUUAUCUAUGCCUGCCAGCAACAUGAAGUGAUUCUGCAGAACAACCAGCGGGCCGGCUUCCUCAUCGGGGACGGCGCCGGAGUGGGCAAAGGCCGCACAGUGGCUGGCAUCAUUUUAGAAAACUACUCAAAGGGAAGAAAGAAAGCACUAUGGUUCAGCGUCUCCAAUGACCUCAAAUAUGACGCAGAGAGAGAUCUCCAAGACAUCAAUGCACCCAAUAUACAAGUGCAUGCCUUGAAUAAGAUAAAAUACGGAGACACAGCUACCUCAGAAGGGGUCCUGUUUGCGACCUACUCAGCACUGAUUGGGGAGAGUCAGGCAGGCGGCCAACACCGAACGCGUCUAAAGCAGAUCCUAGACUGGUGUGAGCCGGGUUUUGAUGGAGUUAUUAUAUUUGAUGAAUGCCACAAAGCCAAAAAUGCUACGUCCACAAAGAUGGGCAAGGCCGUGCUGGAUCUGCAGAACAAGUUGCCAUUGGCCAGAGUGGUGUACGCCAGUGCCACAGGUGCCUCAGAGCCAAAGAACAUGAUCUACAUGAGCCGUCUGGGAAUCUGGGGAGAGGGAACCCCCUUCAGAACCUUUGAUGACUUCCUCCACACCAUUGAGAAGAGGGGUGUGGGGGCCAUGGAGAUCGUUGCAAUGGAUAUGAAGGUCAGCGGGAUGUACAUUGCACGCCAACUCAGCUUCUCAGGAGUUUCAUUCCACAUAGAAGAGAUCAGCUUGGAUGAUGAUUUCAAACUUGUGUACAACAAUGCUGCUAAACUUUGGGCGGAAGCUUUGGCUGUGUUCAUGCAGGCCGCUGACGAGCUCUGCAUGAGCUCCACGAAGUCCCUGUGGGGUCAGUUUUGGUCAUCCCACCAGCGUUUCUUUAAAUACCUCUGCAUUGCCGCCAAGGUGCGCUGCCUGGUGGAACUGGCCAAAAAGGAGUUAAAAGCAGGAAAGUGUGUUGUGAUUGGCCUGCAGUCAACAGGUGAGGCUCGAACCAGAGAAGUCCUUGAUGAAAACGAUGGACGCUUAGACAGAUUUGUGUCUGCUGCAGAGGGUGUGUUUCAGUCUCUAGUCCUCAAACAUUUUCCAUCAGAGAAGCAGAGGAGAGAAAAGGGAGCGGUGAACAAGAGGAAACGUAAGCCACGGGGCCGACAGCCAAAGCAACCCCGACACGGCACUGAUGUAGUUGGAGUUAUCAACAUCAGCGAUGACAGCAGCACCGAGUCUGACGCCUUGGACAGUGACUCCAACUCCUCACCUGACUCGGUCCAAGACAACAGUGAUGAUGUCAUUUUUGUCGAUCAAACUAGCUAUCAAAUGGCACGCUUAGAGGAAAUGAAAAAAGCACUUCUCAACAAGAUCGCUGAGCUGGGAAAAGAACUACCACUCAACACACUGGAUGAGCUCAUCGAUAAAUUUGGAGGUCCAGAAAAAGUAUCAGAGAUGACGGGACGUAAAGGCCGAGUUGUGCGUCGGUCUGACGGCACUGUCCAAUACGAGUCCCGCGCUGAGCAGGGCCACACCAUUGACCAAAUCAACAUCAAAGAGAAAGAUCGCUUCAUGAAUGGAGAGAAGGUGGUAGCCAUAAUAUCAGAAGCGGCCAGUUCAGGGAUCUCACUUCAGGCUGACAGAAGGGUGAAGAACCAGCGUCGAAGGGUUCACAUGACCCUGGAGCUGCCUUGGAGUGCGGACAGGGCCAUCCAGCAGUUUGGUCGCACUCAUCGUUCCAACCAGGUCACAGCUCCAGAGUAUAUCUUCCUUAUCUCUGAACUGGCGGGCGAGCGACGAUUUGCGUCCAUUGUGGCAAAGAGACUGGAAAGCCUGGGAGCUCUGACGCAUGGUGACAGGAGGGCCACAGAGUCUAGAGACCUGAGCAAAUACAACUUUGAAAAUAAAUAUGGCACCAAAGCUCUAGAUAAGAUUACCAAAACCAUCCUUGGUCAGAUCGAAAGCAAGGUACCCCCUCCAAAAGAAUAUCCUGGUGGGGACGCCAUGUUCUUCAGAGACAUGAAGCACGGUAUGGUGGACGUAGGCAUGCUCUGCAGUCAAUCACGGUUGGGCAUCAACACUGAAAAAGACUGCAAUAUCACCAAGUUCCUAAACCGGAUACUGGGCCUGGAGGUACACAAACAGAACUCCCUCUUCCAGUAUUUCACUGACAAUUUCGACUACUUGAUCGAAAAGGACAAGAAAGAGGGCAAAUAUGACAUGGGAAUACUGGAUCUGGCUCCAGGCAAUGAUCAGAUCUAUGAGGAGACACAGGAGAAGUUUCUGACUGCGGGAAAUCCUCAAGAUGGUCAAGUUAUCCUGUACAAGAUAAGUGUAGAUAGAGGUAUGCCAUGGUUGGAGGCUCUCCAGAAGGUCCAAAAUCUCAGCAACCCGGAUGAAGGUUUCUACUUAUCCCAUAAAUUAAGAGGUAACUACCCAUGCGUGCUGCUAGCUGUGCAGGGCCGGGAGCACAACAUGAUCAUCUACAAACCAAACAUUGGCAAGCAGGCCCAAAUGGAAAGCCUUGAUAAACUCCAACAAAAAUACAACAAGGUCACACCAGAGGAGGCACAGGAUAGCUGGGAAAACCAGUUCACUUUCUCCUUCAGGAAAUGUAGCCAUGCUAACUGGAACGGGAGAUGCAAGAAGAUAGAGGAGGGUCAGGAGUGCUUAAUGGGCACUCGGUUGCGUCAGUACCACAUGUUGUGCGGUGCUCUACUCCGUGUGUGGAAGCGUGUGUCUGAUGUGGUCGCUGAUAUCACCAGCACCAGCAUUCUACAAAUUGUUCGCCUCAAGACCAAAGACAGCAACAAACAAGUUGGUAUAAAAAUCCCAGAGACCUGCGUGUCAAAGGUGCGUCAGGAGUUGCUGAGGAUGGAUGCCGAGGUGAAGCAGCGACGCCAAGAGAAGGAGCAGAAAGCGCAAGAGCUGCGUCAGGCUGAGGAACAGCAGAGACUGUUGGUGCAGCGUCAGCAUCAAGAGUUCUUGUUAAAUUUCUUCACCCCGUCUUUGCAAGCUCCCAGCUUACCCACCCCUAACAUCUCCUUCACGCCGUUUCCUUCCCUAAAAACCCCCUUGGAGGAAAUCCUGGACCUGACAGUUCACAGUACCUCUCCCUCCUCCCAAGUUAGCACUCAAACUGGACUGAGUGUAGACAACCUCACUGGGCCACCCGAACCUUCGGUGGAUGACUUUAACAUUGAAGCAUUUAUUCAGGAGCAGCAGCAUCAACAACCACAGCAGGAGAGUCAGUCCACACAGGAAAGCUGUACAGCACGGGACACUGACCUGCUAGACAUGAUACUGUCCUUGAACUCAUUUAUGACAACCCCUAGCCAAAAUGACCCUGCCUCUUCCACCUCAGAUGCACCUUUGUCAGUACCCUUGGUCUUGUCAAGUUCCUUCUCUUCUUCAAUGUCCCAAUUCACUCCAACGCCGCUCACACCGUCCUCAUCUUCUUCCUCUUUGUCGCAAGUCUCUCUCCCCCCUACAGACAUGCUCCCGUUACCGAACAGCCACUGCAGCCCUGAAGCCAUUAUAAACGCACGGGAAGUUUUGAACAGCAUGCUGCAAAGUGGAACAGAACCACGCUACUCCGUCAUUCAGUACCAACAACCCGAGUGAGACGCUUUUUGUGGUAGUCUCCUGUAAACGCACACACUCAGGGCUGUAGUCUGACCACUGUCGGCGCCAUGCUCCACCACUGGCCUUGGAUCCACAAGCAUGAAAUCCUGCUUCACAAGAUGGGGGAAGUUCGGUGUUUGCUCUGUUCUCGAGUAUGAUCCCUACACAGUUUGUCUUGAAACUGCAUGCCAGAACUUCAGGAUAGUUAUCGAGGUGGUCAUCCCAGUUUCAACAUCCUGAAUUUUAUACCCUGGGACUUUAAAGAGAAUUAGUUUACCAAAAAUUGUUCAAGCUCAAGUCAGAAAAUUACUUAAGGUUUGUAUAAGUUAUAUCGUACCAAAUCGUACAGGAUAUUUAGCUUAAGUUCCUUAAGAUUUUGCUUAUGCGGGAAUAAAAAGAUAUUUAAGGUACCCUUUUGGCUCAUCACUGGAUGAACCCUCUGGAGAACCGCAGAUGUUUUUUGAGUCCUCAAAAAUCGUCAAUAUAUAUUUUAAAUGCCUCAAAGAUGUUCUUUUAUAAAGGGGUCAACUGUU